AUGGUGCAGGAGGCGGUCCACGGACUGAACUGGCUUGCCGGCUACGACACCUGGGACUCGGGUCAGGAGUCGGCGGCGCCAGGUAUUUUGACCCCCGAGGUGUUGCCCCGUGUGGAAGGCUUAGUCAAGGACUGGGAGCCCAUGCCAGAGGCCCUCUCGGGGCGGGAGGCCCUGCGGGACCUCUUGCGCGGCCGGUCCCAGUGCGAGCUGGAGACCGGCUCCGCGAACCUCGCGGCCUCCGACGCCGACCUCGUGUCCUUGCCCGACGACGUCUCGGGGUCUCCCCCGAUCGAAUCGCUGCUGGAUGCCGAGGUCUCUCGAUAUUUGGAGGCCUAUCAUGAGCUGAUGCUGCGGCCCCUGACUGAGAGAGAGGAUAUCGAGUCUGAAACAAGAGAGAUCACACCUUGCACUGACAGGAAGCUGCUGUGCAACAAGAAGGUGUACCACGCCUUCGUGAAGAAGCUCUGGGGCCUCGGCAUGCUUGGCGUCUGGCUGUGCACCUCGGAGGCCUUCGCAAGCAUCGAGAUCGGGGGCGGCGACCUGGCGAGCCUGGAGGCCCUCAGGCUGCACCUGGGCAUGGCGGACGCGAAGGACUGCUUCCACCGGCUCAAGGCCGACGAGCGGCUAGCGGCUGCCGCGCCCGGCCCGCGCGGGUCUGAGCUCCUGCGCGACCGGUCACCUCCCCUGGUGCUCUCCGAGGGCCGCCCCCGGCACUGCGUGUGCGUGGACAGCCUGGGGGCCUUCGCCCGUGACCAGAGCGUGGCCGGGCGCGCGGUCUGGGAGUUGGGGGCGGACUUCGAGAGCCACGGGCUGGAGCUGCACGGGGGCGAGGUGCUGAGCCAG